GGCUAUUGUGGCAGUUUAGCAUUGUGGUCUUCAGCUCAAUGUGACCCAUUUAUUUCUCCCACACCAUGUGUGAGAGAGUGUACAUACUUUCCUCUUCGUUGUUUUAAUCAUUCUUCAAUAUCUUUGAGUACUUCCAGCAGUAAAUUUACUAUAACAGAGCAGAGGGAGCAGGUGGAAGUCAUCUGGUUUCAGGGAGAGAGAGAGAGAUUAGGCUCUGUGAAUGGACACUUUCAUGUGAGCAUGAGACCAGGCUGCUUAGGGGCUCAGGCGUCUAGUAAUGUACUUUGGUGGAAUUACAGGUUGAUGAAGUAUUUUCCCCCGACUGGAGUGUGAGGUGCACAUGUGCCUGAGAUCUGCACGUGUCAGAUAAUUCUGACAGUCCAGGCGACAUGGACCGCAUGAGGAGGAAUAAGGUGGAGCAUGGGCGACAGACGCACCAGGUCUUACAGGUGAGCCAGGUCCAAUCCAUUGACUGUAUUUCUGUUUUACCAUCUGUGAGCACUCCUUUAGAUCUGUUUGAGACGGGCAAGUCCCUGAAAGUCCAGGCAGAGCGCCCCCACCUGGUCAGCCUGGGAAGUGGACGUCUGAGCACAGCCAUCACUUUACUACCACUGCUCGAAGGAAGAACCACACUGGGCAGUGGGGGGACAGAUAUCCCCCUGCAGGGCCCCGGUAUCGCAGCGCAGCAUUGCUACAUUGAAAACGAGUCGGGCAUUAUCACCUUGUACCCAUGUGGAAACCAGUGCUCUGCGGAUGGCCUCCCCAUCACCAAACCCUUUCGCCUGACACAAGGGUGCAUGCUCUGUUUCGGUCAGUCGGCCUUUUUCCGCUUCAACCAUCCAGAGGAGGCCGUGAGGAUGAAGAGCAUGCUGCCUGGAGGAGGCCAAGGACUGAGCAACACAAACCCCCCCCCCACUGACUCACAUUGCAUGCUUAACGGCAGCCAUCAGUCCUUUUCAAACAACGGCAACUCUAAAAUCAACAACGUUGCAAAGAGCCUCCAGGACUCCCUGGUGUUGAAGGCCCCGUCAUCAUCGGGAUCUGGGAAACAGCCCGUUCCUCAACCCUCACCUCCACAUAUGCUCAAUGGAAGAAACAACUCCAUGACAGAGGACAACAUCUAUCAAAACAGCAGCAGCAGCUCUUGGGGCCAGAACCUUGGGAACAAAACGCCGCCAGUACCUGCCCGGUUCGCUCAUACCAAUAACGCCCCUGUACCCAUUCCUCGGACAUCGCUGUCUGUUGCCUCAGGCAGUGCUAGCGGUGGUCAGAGGGACCAGGAGAGCCCAAAGCUUCUCAGGAGCGUGAGGUCAAGCCCUACAUCGCCUAGCACAGGGUCAGGUGAGGGCACAGAAACCAGCCUAACUCCCAAAUCAUCGUCUGUCAAAUUUUCCCCAACGGCUCCAUCCAGCCCUCGAGUACGAGGUUCCUCUCUACAGAAGAGAUCCCCCAGCCCCAUGCGAGAGCAGGGUCAGUAUCGCUCCGACAUAGAUGUCCCUCAAAGACUCAGGACGCCAGAGCUGGUCGGGCCCGGCGGCCAGAGAGAACUUCCUCCUCUCAGCCCUUUCACGGCCUGCAGAGGGACUCCAGGAUCGCAGGGCUCAGCUUCCUCCCUCGCCUCACAAGGCUUCCCUGCUAAGACUUUCCCCGAGAGCCCCCAGGGUCACCGCAAACUCACAACAAAAGCAGAAGCCAUGAGGGCACAGUAUGCCCAGAUUUCAUCACCACUCUCCGGGCUGGAGAAGGAGCCUGAAAGCAGGCGGUUAAGGCCUGGCCCGGGAAGUGCCCUCGUGUCAGGUCUGGGUUCUCUCUCUGUUUCGUCUCCUCUUGCCAGCCCUCGUAGCCCCAAAAAGAACGUGACGGGAUCCUGCACCAAGGAACACAGUCUUAUGAAGCCAUACACACGGGAACGCAAGAACAGCAUCUCUGAGAUCAGUGACAACGAGGACGAGUUACUGGAAUACCACCGCUGGCAGAGAGAGGAGAGGCUGCGCGAGCAGGAAAUGGAGAAACUGGAGCGACAGAGGUUGGAGACCAUCCUCCAUCUGUGUGCGGAGUAUAAUCAGGAGGGCAGCGCUGUGGAGCUGGCUGAAGUGGUGAGGAGUGGGCUGCUGGGGGGCCCUGCAGGAAGCUGCCCAGGCACAGGAGGGGGGACAUCCCUCCAGGGUGUGGACGGACCCCUGAGGGUGAGGCAGAAUGAUGAGGAAACACAGAGAGAGGAGUCCAGCAGCACAGAGAGCACACAUCAAGAGUGUGAAGAGCUGUUAGCGGGUCAGGAGCAGGUCUACCUGGAGGAGGAGAGGAACCAGGUCUUGGCCAGGGUUGAUGACUUGACGCACAGAGUCAGUGAACUGGAGCAGCAGCUACAAGAGACCAAACAGGAGGCGGAGAUGGAGCAAGCGCUGCUGCAGGCAGAGAGGCGGGCGGAGCAGGAGCAGGUGGAGGCCGAAAACGAAAUCAUCUCUCAGCUGCAGGUCAAACUCAGCCAGCUGGACAAGGCCAUCCAGAAAGAGAAGGAUGAGGGCAGGGCUAAUGUGUCGGCUCAGCGGAAGGUCCUGGAAAAGCAGAGGAAUGAGUACAAUGAGCUGAAGAGGCAGUUUGAUAAUUGCCCCUUGUCUCUAAGGGAACAGUUACAGGAGCAGCUCAGCAGGAAAGCUGAAGCUCUGGAGUGCGGGACCAAGCAGUUUGAGGAGCUGGAGUUCUGCCACCUGGAGGAGGAGAGCAGUUUGGAGGAGAAGAAGGAGACCCAGAGCUCGCAGCUUCUCCAAGAGCGAGCCGAGUAUCACUGCAGCGUGGCCCGGAGGAAGGAGAAGAUGGCCGUUCUGGAGGCUCAAGUGAAGCAGCUGGGGUCGCAGGCAGCACACGACUGUGAGAGGAUGGUUAAAGACAGGACCGUGACUCUGCAGCUGUUACACAAGCAUGCUGCGCCCGCCUCCCAGGAGCAGGACAGGCUGUGUGCUCUGGAGAGGAGGCAUCACACCUUGACCGGAGAGGGACAUUUCCCGAAGCCCCACAGCAGCAUGAGAGACGAGUCGCUUCACAUCAGCGAACCUGACCUUGUUUAUGUGGACGGUCCUCCCGAUAGCCCCUGUCCCUCCACCGCCUCCUUCUCCUCUGCUCACAUCCCCUCCCCCGAACUCUAUCCUGUUAGACUGCAAGAGGAGUACCUCAGGCUGUCUGAUGUCUAUAAGAUGUAUGGAAAUGCUUCUAUGCAGCCUCACUCUUCUUCCCCCGCUGCUCUCCACUGCCUCUCUCUUGCUGUAGCUCCAGGUCUGCCAUGUGAGGAAUACAUCACAGUCAGUCAAUUAAGUCAGAUCUUUGGGAUGCAGAGACUGAAUCCUUCCUCCUCUUCUUCCUCUAUUCCAUCAUUCCAACUUGCCUCCUCUGAAUCUGCCUUCUCAUGCCACUUAGCUGCAUGUGGCCCUUCCUCCUUUCUCUCGGCACAGAGCCAGCCUGAGCUCAGCAGGAAUGCAAUGCCUCCUAUUAAUCUCGAGCGCUGGUACCAGGACAUCAUGGCUGCUGGAGAGUCUCAGUCAUGUCCUCCUCCACUGCCUGCAAAGUCUUUUUCCACACGCCGACACGGGCAGCUGUUGAAGUCCAAAUCGGAAGGCGAGUUUGGACAAGCAGCGUCAUGUGCUCACGUCAGCAGUGCUGCGACCCUGCCACACUCCAGUGGUGUUGCUCAUGAGAAAAAUGCAUCCACAAAGGGGUUACUGUUAGCCCUGGGAGAGAUGUCAAACCCAUUGGACAUGGACUCCAGGAGGCAGCUGAUUGCGCAGAGCAAAGAUGUGUCUCCCACUGUCCAUCACUCCAUCCUGCAUCACCAGUCGCCACCGAGUGGGAACCAGGCGUACGACACCCUGAGUCUGGAGAGCUCAGACAGCAUGGAGACCAGCGUCUCCACUGGCAACUCCGCCUGCACCCCGGAAAGCGCCUGCGGGUUAGAGGCCCAGAGGAUAGACGAGAUGGAGAAGAUGUUGAAAGAGGCGCAGCAGGAGAAAGCCAGACUGAUUGAGAACAGAGAGAGGGAGGUGCAGGCUCGGCGGCAGAUGCUGGAGGAGGAGCGGAGGAGGCGAGAGGAGGCCGAGAGGAGGCUCCAGGACGAGACGGCCCAUAGGCAGAGGCUGGUGGAGGAGGAGGUGAAGAUGAGAGAGAAACACUUCUCCCAGGCUCGCCCAAUGACGCGCUACCUGCCCAACCGCAAGGAGGAGUUUGACCUGCGUGCCCAUGUGGAGUCGUCCGGCCACAGCAUAGACAUCUGCCCCUAUGUCAUCCUCACAGAGAAGAUGUGCAAGGGCCACCUGGUGAAGAUGGGCGGUAAAAUCAAAUCGUGGAAGAAACGCUGGUUCGUUUUUGACCGUCUCAAGAGGAACUUCAAUUAUUACUCGGACAAGCAUGAAACCAAGCUGAAAGGGCUCAUUUACUUUCAGGCGAUCGAAGAGGUUUAUUAUGAUCACCUGCGCAGUGCCACCAAGAGCCCCAAUCCGUCUUUGACCUUCUGUGUGAAAACCCACGACCGGCUCUACUACAUGGUGGCCCCGUCCCCGGAGGCCAUGAGGAUCUGGAUGGAUGUCAUAGUAACGGGUGCCGAAGGCUACACACAGUUCAUGAGCUGAGGGACCGCGGGGCGACAGAUCCGGAGGACGACGGGGACUGAGCGAGCACCUGCAUGCCGAGCCGGGCUGCUCCCUGCUGGGGGCCGGAGCUGAGCUGUGUUGUGGAUGGACAUCUGAAGAGAUGAAGGAUCGGGUGCCCUCAUAAAAAAGCCUGAUGCUUCUGAGCAAAUGAGGGCUUAGUCAUGACAGAGAUGCCUUUUUGAAAGAAUUCACCAGUUUGUAUUUAAAGAAGGAAAACAGACUGAGCAACCUGACAUUGGAUCUAUAAAGGGAUCUUUGUAUAAACAAAACAAUAUUAAAAUCAACAUUCUGUUGCCAAAAUAUAUUUUUAAAAAUUACAAUAUAAUUUUUCGAGCUUUCAGGAGGAACAUUUUGAAGAUUUCAUUCUUCAUAUUAGCUCAAACCGUUUACACAUCUGGAGCCGAUCUGUGCAUGCAGUGUUCUCACGCUAACUGAUGCCUUCUUUUUGUUUGUUGCCUUUUUGAUACAUUUGUACUUUUCCCUUGAGUUUGUUAACCUGUCUCCGAUUCAAAAAAAAUCUUUGUAUAUUCCAAAACACUAAACAGUCAACAAAUUUUAGUAGCAAAUAUUCUCAGAUAUUUUUUAUGAGUCAUGUAUUACAAAGUAUUGGUGCCAGAUUUUUACAAUAUCACUGAGUAUACAGCACAUUGUUGCAAGGGCUUUUCAUUCAGAUUUUUAGGAAAAACAACUGCAUUAAUGUGUACUUAUCAUAUAUAUAUAUAAAUAUAUGUCAAAGAAAACCUUCUAUUUGCAUUUUAACAGAAUUUAUAAAUUAUAGUCCUAUAACGAUAUUGUAAAACUACCGUGUACAUCUAAUAAAUAAAAAAAUAUACGCUGCA